AUGAACUUUUCCGCACUUCUGCAGAUGCCUGCCAUGAAUCCUGCCGUGAACCCUGCUAGUCCAACGCCCAAGAUCCACCGCCAUUCGCUCAAGUCCAAGGCCGGUACAACCAAGUUGGGAGUUCGAGUGAUUGCCGAGGCGGACUCGGUUAUCGAAGUACAGAACAUUGCUUCUCCAUCGUCGGCGGCGCCAUCCUCAAAUCAUACAGUCAAAAAACUCCCGGAAAUUGUCAAGACUGCUCCUACCAAAGUACAGACCAAGAGCGCCAAGUCACCGUCCAUGUCAAGUGCCAGUCCUGCCAAACGCCCGAGUCUCCACGAACGAACGACGGCAGUCAGCAUUGGUUCCACACCCCGUCAACAGCCUCAGAGUAGUGGUGGUAUCAGUACUAUCAAGAAGACGAAAUCCAUUCCAAAAGCCACCACCAGCGAGAAGACUAGCAUGGACAAGUUCAAACCCAAGCGCGACCAUCGAAUGGAUGAAAUCAUGGGCAAGGUCGACGACGAUGGUGACAUUUGGGUCGAGCGAUACUAUCUGAACAGGAAGGACCGUCGAAUCUACUACUUUCGUUCCGUUCGGACCAAACGAUGCGUCUUGUACGAGCCACCGACGGGGAGUGGAACUGUUGUUUGCCUGAGCGAAGUGCACAAGUUUCCCCAUUUGCUCCAAUUUGCAACGGAACCCUUGGAUCGUCCCCUCUCUACCAUUGAAAAGCCCAAUUACAAUGGAAUGACUUACAAGGAGCGCAAACAGAGCCUGGCCAAGAAGAAGAAGAAACAAUCAUCAUGA